AUGCGGGGACUGACGGCGGCGUUUACGCAGCGUGAUCUUCAACAUGGGCCUUUCAUAUUUCGAUUGACGGAUCUCCACCCGAGUAAUAUCUUCGCGGACGAACAGUGUAACAUCAAGGCAGUUGUUGAUCUUGAAUGGAGCUGCUCCUUGCCAAUCGAAACGCAACACCCACCGUUCUGGCUAAGCGGACACGAACUCGAUGAGAUGGAGGGAGAGAAUGUUGCAGACUUUGAUCGCACAUGCAACGAAUUUCUCGACAUAUUUGAACAAGAGGACAGAUUUGGGGAACGCGACUCUACACUGGAGCCUGGCUUUUGUACCACAGUAAUGAGAGCUGCUCUGGAGAAGAAGAUGCAUUGGUAUUGGAGCAGCUUGAACGAGCCAAGAGGCAUGUACAAUCUGUUCAUGGACAACAUACAACCAAUGUUCGCCCCCUCACAUUCAGAAAGGGGGCAAGCAACCCGAUUUCAGCAAACCAUCGCGCCAUACUGGUCCACUGCUUCUUCCGCCUUUAUCGAGGACAAGGUCCGCGAUCUGAAAGACUAUCGAGAGCGAGUGCGGGCAAAGAAGCAGGAGUAUUCUGGGCUGUGCCCGUGA